AUGAAACCCUCCAGCAUCUUCCUGGCCGUCCUGGCGCCCGCCGCGGUCCUGGCCGAACCUCUCUCGCCUGAAACCCCGAGCCUCGUCCACCACACCGACUCGCUCGUUCGGCGUGCGCCGUUUGCCACGAUACCAGAGUCCUACAAGGAUCACCUGCCCGACCCGUCGGUACACACCAAGCAGAGAGCGCCGUCGAACAAGCGCGCCGCGCGCAAUGUCCUCCAGGCGCGCAGUGAGGGUUCUCUCGGCCAAACUCCAUGGAUCGGCAUGGCCAUCGGUCUGACUUGCACAGCGCUGGCUGCGGUCAUGCUGGGUUAA